AUUUUUUCCCAGUGAAGACUACAUGUAAUCAUUCUACAUUCUUUAUGUUUAUUAAUAGACAUAUAUCUAUCUAUCUAUCUCAUGUUAAUAGAAGAAAAAAAAACAGUAAAUGGUAAAUAGAGUUGGAUAUAAAUAGAAUAAAGUUUUCAAUCAGACUAUCAUUUUCAUACAUUACCAAGUAAUAACACAAGUGUAAUCAACAAAAGGCACGACAACAACAAAAAAAGAAUUUGUGCUCUCUUUUUUUUCUUUAGAAAAAAAGGAAAAAAGACUUUUUCUUUUAUUUCAUAAACCGAAUAACCAAGUAGAUGUUUGUUUGGAAAAAAAGAAUAAUGUUGAACAAGUUCAUAACGAAUUAUUCUAAUGUGAGAUUAUCCUUUUUAAUAACCUUGUGUAUAUUUUCAAUUAAUUUUGUCAAUAUUAAUGCCUAUCAAUCAGAUAAUUUAUUACGAAAUCAUUGGUUAAGCAAUAUUCAAGAUGAUGAUCUUAGACAAGCAAUAGAACAAGAAAAUAUUACAGAAGAACAAUUAAGAGAUCCUCAUCAAUUUGAUCGUUUACUGAAACGUUUAAUAUUUCUAUCACCUAAACAUUUACGGAGAUUUAUGAAACUAUUGAGAGAAUGGAAUAAUCUUAGUCAACGUAUAAGGUACGGAUGAUUAUAACACUAAAUAGAUGGACCAUUACUUUUUUCAUUUUGUGGAGGUACUUUUGAAGAAGAUACUUUGAACAAUAAAAUAGAAAAUAAAAAUUGUAUAACUAAACAAUCUUGAUCGCUAAGAAUAUAAUAGAAAUUGUUUUGAUGAUCAA